AUGGCCGCUGUCUGCAAGACUUCCCGACCUUCCAUCCAAGAGCCAUUGUCAAACGAGGCCAGCUCUGAUUCUGUACCUCCCACACGCACAGCCAACCCCAACCCUACCAGUACCAGUGCCAAUCCGCAACCCACCGGCACUACCACGGCCAACACCACCGCCGGCAGCACUCCUCUUGCUGCGACACCCACCACCACCACCACCACCAUUCCCUCGUCCAAUACCAACACAACUACAUCAUCGACCGAUCCCUACGUCGUGUCUUCGGUAAACCGCCCGUAUUUUCGCUCCCAUCACCACUCGCCCUCAACCAGCUCUUUGCACAAGCUACAACGCUCUGGUGGUCUUUUCGGCUUCGCUACAGCCGCCAUUGACAAGACCCAAUCCGCACUCGCCGCCUUUUCCUCGGACCCGUCGAUCCGCCAGCGCGCCUCCAAUUCCGCAUUGGGCAGGGCCUCUUUCACCCCCGACUCUGCUUCGGACUACUCUGCCGCCAGCCAAGGCUCGACAGACAAAUACCCCCGAUAUUCGAGCCCUUCCAACUACUCGUCUUCUAGCAGCACUCUUAAUCAACUAGAGGGCAAGUAUCCAAGCCAGGUAUCGCUGGUACAGGAUCUACCCUCUCAACCAUACACCGAGACAGACCCCAAUAGGCCUCUCCCCUACCGACUGCCGAGCAUAGAGAGCAAAAUGCAUCAAACAUCCUCGCGGCUUCUCCGCAUGACGGAUGAUGACCGGCCAUUCACCAAGGACUUCAAGGACCUCUUCUCAACACUCAUUGUCAGCCUGCUGCCUUUGUCCGCCCAUCGAGUACGGUUAACACGCGUGGAAAACACCUUCCUGUCCGAAGAUGCAAUCAACAACCUGGGCUCCCUCAAGUUCUCCCAAUCGAACCGCAUGCCUGAUCCCAAGGACCCCUCAAGGAUAGUAACCACCACCACCACCACGACAUUUUCCAUGGCCAAGGACAUGGCCCGCUCCAUCUGCCAAAAGUUCCUCGAGGCGAGGUUCAUCGAGUCUGCCGACGGGAAAUACCAGCAGGUGUACAACAUGAAGGGCUCCGUGUGGCAGUUGACCCCCAAGGGCGUCACCGUGCUGGAUCGCUUCUGUUCCCGCAACGGCAUCCAGCAAAAGUCGAUAGCCGAGCUCGUCGGCUCCACCCUGUCGCAACUUGUCAUCCUUGAGAGGGACGGCCAGACGGACAAGCUCAUCACGGAUCGCGGUACGAUUGAGGUCAUCUUCAGGAGGUUCAUUGGUACACACGGCCCCAACGUCAAAUCGAGCGUCAGCUCGGCCGACUCGGAUUCCCUGAGCGACUACAAGGACGGCCUUACCGGUGUCAAGAUGGCUAGCGAACGUAAAGUGAACGGCAAGACGUACAAGGAUACCUUCACCGGCAAGGCUGCCACUGAUUGGUUGAUGGACUGCUGUACAACCGUGGACAGGCGGGAGACGUACGACAUUGCCGCCCUGUUCGUGGAAUACGACUUGAUGGAGCCCGUCGUACAAGACCGUGCUCACAUGGCACAGUACCCCAGCAACAACCUAUUCCAGCCUACCAAGCAUGCCAUCUAUCAACUGACGGCGAAGGGCAAGGAUUUGAUCAAUGGCAUUGGGUCAAGAGGACGGACUUCGGAGAGUGAAGUGGUCACACCGUCUCGGAACGUCAUUGCGCGAGACUCCAACACACAGAGGCUCGAUAAGAUCCUGAACGACGCCGCGCUUCGUCUACUCUUCAGAGAGAACCUCAGGGAAACACACUGUGAGGAGAACCUAUCAUUCUACCUCGACGUGGACGACUUUGUUCGGAGCUGUCGGGGAGCGAUUAGGGUCGCCCAGAAGAACCCUAACGCGAGUUCGAUGGACGGCAUCAAGGAGAUCAUGGCGCAGGCCUAUGGGAUUUAUAAUGCAUUCCUCGCCCCCGGUUCUCCCUGCGAGUUGAACAUUGACCACCAACUUCGCAACAACCUGGCCACCCGAAUGACCAAGGCCGUCGGCCAAGACGUGGCCAUGAUCGACACUCUGCAAGAGGUCAUGUCAUUGUUCGAGGACGCUCAGAACGCAGUCUUUAAACUGAUGGCCAGUGACUCGGUUCCCAAAUUCCUGAGAAGCCCCAAGUACGAGCAUACUUUGAAGAACUACGACUUUGACGCAGUCACGGGCGGUCGUGGCCUGGAGCGCAGCACGAGCCGAUCGAACCGCAAAUGA